GGCAGAGCCCCACUAGCAGCAGAGGAACUCACAGGAGCUCCACUCCUUCAUCUCUCUGCCACCCACAAGACCUCUCUGCGUCGAUUUCUGUGUGUGUGCUUCGUUGCGUGUCCUCGCUGUUUCUCUUCAACCCUAAUCGUGUCUGGAACAGAAAGAUUCGUUGCUGGUGUGGCCUGGUGUGCCCAAGUGUUAGUCAGGUAGGGGCGGACCUGGAAUUUUGGCGCUCUGUCGCUGGAGUGUUUACUUUCAUGGCGGUUUGUUGGACGGUGCUGUUUCUGGAGAAGUGAAGGGAGUGACGUUGUUGCGACGAGAGUUUGUUGGGUUUUCUUUGGGACGAAGAUUCCAUGGACAGGGAGAGAGGAGAUAAAGCUCCACCAGUGGACAGGCGAGUGUCUUCCAUCUUCAACAAUGUGUCGAGACAAGUGCAGUUCCUUCUUGAUCACAACCGCUUGCUCAUCAAUGAAAUAAACCAGAACCACGAAGCCAAGAUUCCUGAGGGCCUGACCCGGAAUGUGAUGCUCAUUCGGCAACUCAACAGCAACAUCGGUAAAGUGGUGGAUCUGUACGCGAAUUUGUCGUCGAAUUUCUCGAAUGUGUUCGAAAAUCUCCAAGAGGUCAACUCCGACCCAAUCAAUACGACGUCAAGGCCUGUCUCGAAUUCCAGCGGCCGCAGCGUGCCAGGGGUCGCUGCUACACAAUCGUCAGGACAAAAUCCGCAUAAGAAACUGCGGUCCACGGACUUUCCUUGAUCCCUUUGCGGAGUAUGUACAGUGCGAGACGAAGUGUCCUGGUUAUCGGUUGCACCUCUCGCUGUUUAGAUGCCGAGAUUUGAGUGUUAUCUCUUGUUCUUUUUCUUUUUCUUUUUACAUACUUGUGGCUAUACAUUGUUAGGCUAAGCUUAGAAUCCACAUUUGCCUAAUCCGUGUUUCUUUUAAUUAUUUUUCCUUCUUUGGUCAUGCUCCUAGGACAAUUUCCUGCUGCAAUGCUACUCAGAUACAUUUCAGAAUACAAGAGAGAUUGUUGUAGUGGGAGUAUAAGAAGGCAACUAUAGCUCUUGCUUCAUGCUAAGCAUUAUUGUUUUGCGUUUUCGUAACACUACUUUUCACAGUACGAGGCAGAUGCAGUCAGUCUAUGAAUUUCAAUUUAAUGCAAGUAUGUUGGAAAGGUUCACGAUGAACAUACACUUCGAUGAAUUGCACUAUCAUUGUAUAUCUUCUACCUUUGAUCUUUCCAA